AAGAAAAAAAACAACCAAAAAAAAAAGAAGAAGAUAUAUAUUAUGCUCGCCGGUUUCUCUCUCCUGUCCCUUCCGCCGGAUAUCUGACGACCACCUCUCACCGCCGGAGUUACCGCCAUGGUCAACGCUAUCCGAAUCAGCACCGUCACCGACGAAGCCGAGCGCCCCGCCGGCCGGGAAGAUGACGAGGGCUUCCCGGAGAGCCCGCGCGACAUGGAGUGGCCGUUCGGGCGGCUGGAAGGCCUAGACACGGACGAUUUCCGCGAGGCGGCGUACGAGAUAUUCUUCACGGCGUGCCGGUCGUCGCCGGGGUUCGGCGGGCGGACGGCGCUAUCGUAUUACAAUCCGAGCGAAGGAGGAGGUGGAGGAGAUGGGAGCUGGUUCGGGUCGGGGCAGGAAUCUGGAACCGGGUCGCCCAGGAAUAAGGCCGCCCCCGGGCAGGGCGGCGGCGGCGGCGUGGGCAUGGCCGUGACGAGCCGCGUGAAGCGGGCGCUGGGUCUGAAGAUGCUGCGGCGGUCGCCGUCCCGCCGAGCCAACUCCUGCUCGUCGCUGCCGACCUCGCCCAGCGCCGCCGCCUCCGGCGGGUCCCCCAAGAUGAACUUCACGGCGCCGUCGCGGUCCAGGCGGCCGAUGACCUCGGCUGAGAUCAUGCGACGGCAAAUGAAAGUGACCGAGCAGAGCGAUAAUAGGCUACGUAAAACUCUCAUGCGGACUCUUGUUGGCCAAAUGGGCAGGCGAGCAGAGACAAUUAUCCUUCCACUAGAGCUUCUGCGCCACCUCAAACCAUCGGAAUUCAACGAUCCUAACGAGUACCAUUUCUGGCAAAAGCGGCAGCUCAAGAUUCUGGAGGCGGGGCUGCUCCGCCACCCCGCCGUCCCGCUCGACAAAUCCAACACCUCCGCCCAGACCUUCAAGGAGAUCAUCAAAGCCGCCCAGGCAAAGCCGAUCGACACCGGAAAAAACUCCGAGGUCCUGAGAAACCUCGUCAACUGCGUGGUCACCUUAUCCUGGAGAAGCUUCGACGGCCUGGCCACGGAUAUCUGCCACUGGGCCGAUGGGUUCCCCCUCAACGUUCACAUCUACAUGGCGCUUCUCGGCUCAAUCUUCGACAUGAAAGACGAAACAUUAGUCCUCGACGAGAUCGACGAGUUACUAGAGCUGAUGAAGAAGACAUGGUCGACUUUAGGGAUGAAUAGAUCGAUCCACAAUCUGUGUUUCACGUGGGUGCUUUUCGAGCAGUAUUUUAUUACAACCCAGGUUGAGCCGGAUUUGCUCAGCGCGUCGCUGGCAAUGUUAGCGGAGGUUGCGAAUGACGCCAAGAAAGCGGACAGGGAGCCUAUUUAUGUCCAGAUGUUGGGGGAUGUUUUGAGCUCCAUGAAACAGUGGUCGGAAAAGAGGUUGCUUGAUUAUCAUAGGAAUUUUGACAAGGGAAAUGUGGCUUUGAUGGAGAAUAUUCUUCCCUUGGUUUUCUUGGCCACCAAAAUUCUGGAAGAGGAUGUUCCGGGCUAUGCUACGACUGUUGAAGCUGGGAAGGAGGGUGUUCCUGAUGCCUCUGCAGGGAAUCGGUUGGAUCAUUGUAUCCGUUCAUCCAUGAGAAAUGCAUUUGCAAAGAUGUUGGAGGAGAGGAACAUAAACGCGGCGAUGUUCGAGAAGCAAGAAGCGAGCGAAACACUGAUCAAAUUAGCAGAUGCAACAGAGGAAUUGGCAGCUAAGGAGAAGGAAAUCUUCAGUUCUGCACUCAAGAAAUGGCACCCCAUUGCUGCCGGAGUUGCAGCCUUGACGCUGCACAACUGCUACGGGAAUCUGCUGAAGCAGUACAUGGCAGGCGCAAGCACAAUGGCUAAGGAGACAGUUCAAGUGCUCCAGAAAGCAGGGAAAUUAGAGAAGGUUUUGGUUCAAAUGGUGGUUGAAGAUUCGGUUGAAUGUGAGGAUGGAGGGAAAACAAUUGUCAGAGAAAUGGUUCCAUAUGAAGUUGAUGCGAUUUUUGUAGAACAAGUUCGACAGUGGAUUCAGGAAAGAGUUAAGACAGGGAAGGAGAACUUUCAGAGAGCAAAAGACAGUGAGACUUGGAACCCAAAGUCAAAGAACGAACCCUAUGCGCAAUCUGCUGUAGAGCUAAUGAAGCAUGCCAAAGAAACUGUGGAGACUUUCUUUGAACUUCCAGUUAACAUCACUGAUGAUUUAGUCCAGAGUCUUGCAGAGGGCCUCGAUCAGGUCUUCCGUGAGUACAUCAGCUUUGUUGGAUUAUGUGGAUCUAAACAAAACUAUAUCCCCACCCUCCCUCCACUAACAAGAUGCAGCCAAGACUCAAGGUUUUUCAGGCUAUGGAAGAAGGGCGCCUGCAGCGUGGGAGUCUACAGCGAGCAACACCGUUUCAUAAGCGACGGCAGCCACGUCCGCCCCUCCACCAGCCGCGGAACCCAGCGCCUCUACAUCCGCCUCAACACCCUCCACUUCCUCCUCCUCCAGCUCCACGCCAUCGACAAAGCCCUCGCCCUCGGCCCGCGAACCGCCCAAUCCACCACGCGCAGCCGCCAAGCGCGGAGCAGCACCACCGCCACCGCCGGCGGCACCGUCUCCUACUUCGAACACGCCCGCUCCGCCAUCCUCACCGGCGUCCAGCACGUCUCCGAGGCCUCCGCCUACCGCCUCAUCUUCCUCGACUCCAACGCCGUCCUCUACGGCAGCCUCUACGUCGGCGACGUCGAGAACGCCCGCAUCCACCCCGCCCUCCGCAUCCUGAAACAGAACCUCACGCUCCUCUGCGCCAUCGUGACCGAACGCGCCCAGCCCACCGCCAUCAAAGAGGUCAUGAAGGCCACUUUCGAGGCCUACCUCAUGGUCCUCCUCGCCGGGGGGAGCUCCCGCGUUUUCUGCCGCUCCGAUCACCAGAUGAUCGAGGAAGACUUCGAUAGCCUCAAGAAAAUCUUCUCCGCCUGCGCCGGCGGUGAAGGCACAAUCGCCGAAGACAUCGUUGACCGCGAGGCGGAGACCGUGGAAGGAGUGCUUUCAUUGAUGAGCCAAUCCACGGAACAAUUGAUCGAAGAUUUCAGCACUUUGGCCUGCGAAACUAGCGGAAUGGGCAUCGUCGGCGCCGGCCAAAAGCUGCCGAUGCCGCCGACCACUGGAAAAUGGCACCGAUCCGACCCGAAUACCAUCUUGAGAGUACUUUGUUACAGAAACGAUAAAGCUGCCAAUUUUUUCUUGAAGAAGAGUUUCCACUUAGCAAAGAGGAGGGGAUGAAAUCUUGAUCACAAGAAUAGUAAAACUAGUUUAAUAUACUUAAUAAGGAAAACAAAACAAAAACAAAACAAAAAAAAUACAAGAAAAACAACCUAAAAAAACAUGCAUUUCAUGAAAUUAAGAUUUCAGGUGAUUCCUGGCCCGUGCUGUCCCGAAGCCAAGGGAAUUUCACAUUUUAUGGGCAAGAUUUCAGGCGAUUGAUGAUAAUUUUCUGAGAUGUAUAGCAUUGUACUGAUUUUUGUCUUCCUUUUGUCAUUAGCAGAAUAUAUGAUAACAAAAAAGCCUUUGUUGUCA